AUGGCAACGCCAACGUCGACCGGCAAAGGCGUCAGCAGCAACAGCAGUAGAGAUGGGUCAGCGAAAACAAUGGUGUCUGAUCAAAUCUCUCAGUCUAUUCAGUCCACUUCCAAUCUCCUUCAUCUCAUGCUUCAAUCUUCCCCUUCCCAGGCCGAACUGAUGAAGCUACCAAAGAGUCUUUUUGCUAAGACACCUACUAUCAAGAAUACUGAGUUGGUAUUGGAGCAGCUGCCUCGGGUAAUUUCAGCACUGGAUGCUCAUAUGGAUAACGGGUUACAGAGUGUCCCUCAGCUGAAAACUGUAAUGCAGCUGCUCUCAAACAUAGAAAACUGCCAGCUCAAGCCCUUAUCCAGGUCUCAAGCUAUUCAACAAGAGGAGACUGAAUCAGUAGAGCAAUCUCCAGAAGCCGGCUAACCUUCUUGGGACAAUGCAAUAAAAUCCCAGAAUGCUGGGCAAGGUUAUAAUCAUGGCAUCCUAAUACUUAACUAUCUGAUAUAAAUAUAGAAUUGGUUAAUAUCUUUCACUGGAAAGCAAAAGGACUCUUAAUGCUUCAGCUCCAGUGAUGGUUUGCUUUUAACUUAGAGCUAGAAUCGUGUGUAUUACAAUAUAAUCCUAGAGUUGAACUGAAAUUCACUUGCCUUUAACAUGUUGCAAGUAGCCAACUCUUACUUUUUGAUUGUAAGCACUGAUUAUCUACAGUCAGGUUGGGAGACAUUGGUUAUUUGCUCGUGUAUAUUCUUGGUGCUACAGAUGAUUAUAUAAGAAAAAAUAACUUGACUUUC